AUGGAGCAUAUGCAACAGCUUCGUCAGCGUCCAGCCACCGGCGCUGGCCAAUUCCGAUCCACGAAGCUCGCUGCCGACGAAGCCGAGCCGACGCUCCAGUGGACCCGAAGCAAAGAUGGCAAGAGGUCGCUCCGCAAGAGCUACCUGAUGGUCCUCUUGGGCAUCUUCAGCGGCUUGGCUCUUGGACUCAUUCGGAUGGGCUUGUCAAUCUACGACCAUUUCAGUUCGCAAGCCAACUACUGCCUUGUUUUUGAAGACAACUUCGAUGGGCCGCUCAACACUUCGCUCUGGAAUCACGAGGUCUCGGUCGGAGGCUUCGGAAACGGCGAGUUCGAAUGGACCACGUCAUCGUCCAACAACUCUUAUACCGAAGAUGGGUAUCUCUACAUCACCCCAACAUUGACUUCGGACGUGAUCGGUCAGGCCAACGUCAUUGACGGGUACACCGUCAACUUGACUGCCGAUGGCACCUGUACUACCCCGGAGUCAAAGUGGACGAAGAUCGACAAGAAGGUGCCUAUGCAAGUGGCCAUCAACAGUACCCACACCAACUGCGUGGCAAAAAGCAACGCGACAUUGGGAACCGUAAUUCCGCCGAUCCAGAGUGCACGUCUCAACACAAACGGAACAGCAAGCAUCAGGUACGGAAAAGUCGAAUUCCGCAUCAAAAUUCCCAAGGGAGACUACCUCUGGCCUGCAGUGUGGAUGAUGCCCGAGGACAACGUCUAUGGCGACUGGCCCCGCAGCGGCGAGAUUGACAUCUUCGAGGCAAAGGGCAAUGCACCAAAGUUCCGCGACGACAACAACUGCAAUGCCGCGUCGAGCACAUUGCACGUCGGCUUCGACAAAACAACAAACCUGGUCAACAAGUUCCUCAAGUAUCGAAACUUGUGGCGCAACUGGUUCAACGAAGAGUUCCACACUUUUGGCAUGGAAUGGAGCGAGCACGGUAUCUGGACGUGGGAGGGAACGCCCAACCGAAGGAUCAUGGAUGCCAAGUUCAAGAAGCCCUUCAGCGCCCUCAUCAAGCCGCAGUACGACGAGCACGGUGUCCUCAUCCCUGGCGCGGACCCGUGGACCAUCUCCAACAACACCAACGCCCCCUUCGACCAGCGCUUCUUCCUCAUCGUCAAUCUGGCUGUUGGCGGCACGGGUGGCUACUUCCUGCAUAACGACCCAAUCUGGUCCAACGCUGAACCGAAUGCAGCGGGCACCUUCUGGAAGCUCAGGGACCAGACCUGGCUCCCAACCUGGUCGGAGGACAAGAAAGAGAGGAGCCUCAAACUUGAUUACAUCAAGAUGUGGCAGCGUUGCUGA